UUGGCAUCCACUUCAUACUGAGUGAAGGGGACUGUGAUUCGAGUCUGUUGUUCAUGAGGAUAAUUACAUGGAACAUCAAUGGCAUCCGCACCAUUCCAAAGUAUCACCCGUACGCGCUUCGUUUCCUUGGGUCCGCGGUGAAGUGACGCGUUUGUUCGGACUGGGAGGUGGAACGCAAUGAAGACGCAUGAAGACGUGUUGAAUCAUCUUGGGGCGGACAUCAUCUGCUUUCAAGAGAUGAAGUCUUCGCGCUCUGCACUCCCCAAGGCGACUGCUCUCCCGCCAUCAUACCACUCUUUUUUCUCGUUUCCGACCCACAAGACGGGUUAUUCCGGCGUGGGUGUAUACACGCGUCCCACCCCGCUUAGCGCAGAUGAUAGACUGUCGAGCACACGCGACGUUGAUCCAACGUCUGCACCCCUCGACGUGGACGCUCAAGUACUCGAUAGCGAGGGCCGUACGCUUAUCCUCGACUUCGGCCUCUUCGUGCUCGUCAACGUGUAUUGUCCGAGCGACUCAGCAAGCCAGGCCGACCCUGAACGUGACGCCGAGCGGUUCCGCUUCAAGAUGGCGUUUCAUCAGCUGCUGAAAGAACGCGUGCGCCAGCUAGUGCAUCUGCAGGGACGGGAGGUUGUUGUCGUAGGCGACCUGAAUGCGUGUGCAGACGUCAUUGACCAUGCAGAGGGUGCGCUCAUCGAGGCGCGAGGGGAAGGCGGGUUCUGGGAGUAUGAGCCUCGCAAGUGGUUGAGAGACUGGCUGGUAGAUUCGUCGUUGGCGGUGGGGGGUGGAUGUUUGGUGGACGUCGUGCGCAAGUUCUGGCCCGAGCGAAAGGCCAUGUAUACAUGCUGGAACACCAAGAUGUCGGCUCGCGCUUCCAACUAUGGCUCACGCAUCGACUACAUCCUCGUCACGCCCGGUCUGCUGCCUUGGAUCAAAGCCGCGGACAUCCAGCCUGACGUCAAGGGCAGCGACCACUGUCCCGUGUACAUCGAUCUGCAUGACCAAAUCACGCUGGAGUCCGGGGUGUUCGUGAAACUUGCCGAUGUGCUGGGGAACCCGGAGCCUGGUGCCGAGCCACCCAGAUUGGCAGCCAAGUUUUGGGAGGAGCAUCGGCAGCGAGGGGUAGACACGUUCUUUGGGAAGGCCGGCGCGAAGCAGGUGGUCGCUUUAAAAAAGGAUAGCCCGGUGGCGGAGAUGAAGGCACCUAGUGCAUCUCCUCCAGAAGACACUCCAAAGAGAGAACGGGACAUUCUACAAUCCUCUUCGUCAUCGUCUUCAUGCUUGCCCAUUGCAGCGAAGUCGCCAUCGCCUGCGUCGACUGCGAAGAGGAAGCAGAAUGGGCCGACCCCGUCAUCAUCCAACUCCAAAAGGCCGAAGAACGGCCAGCCCACGCUCGCCUCGUUCUUCGGCUCCAAGUCCGCAUCCGCAUCGCAAUCUUCCGUGACCCACUCCUCGGAGUCAACAAUCGACUCGGACUACCAACUAGCGCUAGCGCUCUCAGCGGCUGAAUCUGAGCCCUCCUCCAGUCCACCGAAUCCACACACGGCACGCGCCUGGACGACGAUUCUUGCUCCAUUGGAACCUCCUAGAUGUAGUGUACACGAUGAGCCGGCGAAAGUGAUGACGGUGAACAAACCGGGGCCGAAUCGAGGGAAGACUUUCUUCGUCUGUUCGCGCCCCGUGGGACCUGGGUACGAUCGUGGACGGGCUGAGAGGUUGAGGGAAGAGGUUGAUCCACGAUGGAAAUGCGAUUUCUUCCGAUGGGCUGCGGAUGUGAGAGCGGAGAUGGUUAGGAAGGAGAAGGAUAAGUGAUAACGACGCUUUUCACCUCGGCCUCAAUUUUCUUGCGUGUAGCCAUACUUGUACAUAUAGUUCGAGAUCCUGUCCGAGUAGAAAGCAUAAUCUACCAGCAGUGGUGGUUCAUUCGUAUGAGUACGACCUGCUUUGGAAUUGC